CCAAACUUUGGACGGACUUCUCAACGCCUUUCUUCAAAGAUCUCUACUCCUCCCUUUUUCCCACCUACCGCCUUUCUUCACUCCUCUGCUUCUUCCUCCUUCCCAUCUUUUCCUUACGCUCUUCGUUUCCUUCAAUCGCCGGGGAAAUGCAGAGCGCCGCCUUCACUACCUCCCCUUCCUUCCUCCGUCCGCUCCGGUCCACCAACCCUAGGUUGGGCUUCCGCUUCGACCCUAUUCGAGCUACUAGCCGGGACGAUCUCGGCGCUUCCAGCAAUGUCGUUUUCCCCCGCCGCUCCUGGUCCCUCGGCUCCCCUUCCUCCAAGCUCCAGCUCCGGCCAUGGAAUCCCCUGCCUCCGCUUGUUUCUUCUGAGAAGAGGGCGGAGCGAUUUGAAGUGAAGGCCACUGCCGAGACCGCUGGCGAGGAAGACAAGUCCGGUAGCUUCACUAAGACUCUGGUGCUCGGAUCCUUGUUUGGUCUCUGGUAUCUCUUCAAUAUCUACUUCAACAUCUAUAACAAGCAGGUCUUGAAAGUCUUCCCUUACCCCGUAACGAUUACCGCCAUCCAGUUUGCUAUGGGAACUGCUCUCGUUACUUUCAUGUGGACUUUCAACCUCUAUAAGAGGCCCAAAAUUAGUGGCGCUCAGCUUGCUGCAAUCCUGCCUCUUGCGGUUGUCCACACUCUUGGUAAUCUCUUCACGAACAUGAGUCUUGGAAAAGUGGCUGUUUCAUUCACUCACACUAUCAAAGCUAUGGAGCCAUUCUUCUCGGUUCUUCUCUCUGCAAUGUUCCUUGGUGAGUUUCCUAGUCUUUGGGUGGUAUCUUCUCUUUUACCAAUUGUUGGUGGAGUGGCGUUGGCAUCUAUGACUGAAGCCUCGUUCAAUUGGGCUGGUUUUUGGACUGCAAUGGCUUCCAAUGUGACCAAUCAAUCUCGUAAUGUCCUGAGCAAAAAAGUCAUGGUGAAGAAAGAGGAAUCUAUGGACAACAUCACCCUCUUCUCAAUCAUAACAAUUAUGUCAUUUAUCUUGCUUGCUCCUGUGGCUCUCUUUAUGGAAGGCGUCAAGUUCACUCCAGCAUACCUCCAGUCUGCUGGAUUAAAUGUUAAACAAGUGUGCACUAGGUCGCUAAUUGCUGCUCUAUGUUUCCAUGCAUAUCAGCAGGUUUCGUACAUGAUAUUGCAGAGGGUAUCACCUGUUACCCACUCAGUUGGCAACUGUGUGAAGCGUGUGGUGGUCAUUGUGAGCUCCGUGAUCUUCUUCCAGACACCUGUUUCACCAGUCAAUUCUAUAGGCACUGGGAUAGCACUAGCUGGAGUGUUCCUAUACUCGAGAGUGAAGCGCAUUAAGCCAAAGCCAAAGGAAGCUUGAAAAGUGUUUUGUCGAUAAAUUUUGGUUUCUCUGAAAUUGGGGGGGUUUUUUUCCCGAUGAUUUGAAAUUGGGGUUUUUGUCUUCCGUUGAUAGCAUUUUUAUAUGUUUUCUUGCAUUCGAAGGAACAAAACUGUUGUAGACCAAGCCAGGAACUUCAGGGUUAGGUUGUGUGUGUUUUCUUGUUGCGUUUGAUCCCCAUUGUUUAGGACGGGGAUGUUGUUUUUUGGGGGUGGCUUUUAGCUGGGUUAGGGUUGACUGAGAAUAAUUGUAUACGACCUGGUUAGAGCAAUUUUAUUAGGAGGGAACUUCCCGACGGCAAAUUUCUUUGGCAAGUUGAAUGUUGGGUGUUAUUUGCAAGGUAAAUGUGUUGAUCAGAUUCGAGAGAUUAAACUCUCAAUUCCGUCAUUUCAAAAAAUUAAUAUUGCAUCGGUUUACUUCGACUGGGAGAGAAAGAUGAUUUUAUUUUUUCAAUACAAUCCUUAUCCAGAGCAUCAGAAGGUGCCUGUAGCCACCUAUGUGUUUCUAGAUUAUGCAGCAACUUGGUGGGAACAUUUUAGCUUUGACAAAAAAGGAAUAUACAACAUGAAGUUUCUACUUGGAAAGAAUUCUGAGUCUUGAUGCGUGAUCGGUUUGUGCCGAAUUUCUAUCUGAGAGAUCUUCAUGAUUCUUUGCAGGGAAUUCGGCAAGGUGCACGCACUGUUGAUGAGUACUUCAAAGAGCUGGAACUGCUCUUAAUGAGAGCAAAUGUGAGGGAGGACAAGAAAGCAACAAUUGCUCGCUUUUUACAUGAACUCAACAGAGAAAUCAAGGAUGAACUAGAGCUUCGUUAGUUUGUGGAGUUGGAGGAAGUGAUGUAUUUUGCCAUGAAGGUAGAGAGGCAGCUAAAGCUAAGUUUGGGAAGAAGGUACCCACCUCCGCUCAAACCUGUUGCAGAGGACAUUCUUGAGGAUUACAUGAAUCACCCUAAGCAAGAAUGUGAUAAGCCAACUAUUAGGAACACGACCCCAAUCAUCCAAGCCAGGAAUGAAGGAUCAACUGGAAGCAUCCAAUUCUUUAAGUUCUUGGGACUAGGGGUGGGCAUUCGGUUGAAACCGAACCGAAAUUAUGAAUACCGGGUCCCCGAAUUCUCCCAAACCUCAAACUGAAUUAUAAUUCGGUUCGGUUUUUCACACAAAACCGAAUUUGUUAAGCUACUUGUAUCUCCUCACUUUUAAAUUAUUUUUUACCCCUAAUAUAAACAAUAAAUAUGC